UCAAAAAAAAAAACUUUAUUAUAUAAGUCAUAAAACUUCAAAAAACAAAAGGCUCUCUCCAAUUACCCAAUCUUAUUCCUAUUCUCUGCUGCUGCUUUUUUUUCGCCUUCUUGUUUGCUGGUUCUUACUCUCUCCUUCUGAGAAUCACUCAUUUCCAUUGUUGCUGUUAGCAAUGGAGAGCUUUGCGCUGCACUCGCUCUCCACCUCAACCUCUUUCUCUCUCUCAUCUUCACGCUUCUCCCUUCACCACCGUUCUCGACCCAUCAUGACAAACAGAUCCCAACUCUCACUUCCACUGAAUCCACAAUCACGUUCAAACCCAUCUCCCAAAUCACCCCUCAUUUCUCAAGUUUUCUCCUUUCCCUCCAAAGCUUCAAAAUUUAACACUUCCUCAAGAUCCCAUUACAGCCCACUUCAUGCUUCUUCAUCUUCCUCAAAUUCUCCGUCACCACCGCCACUGCAGGGUGCAAAGCCCAUUCCUUUCGUAAUCUCCGUAUGCAUAGGCCUCAUUGUUCGUUUCUUAGUUCCCAAGCCAGUGGAAGUUACUCCAGAAGCAUGGCAAUUGCUCUCAAUUUUCCUCUCAACCAUCGCGGGCCUUGUCCUGAGCCCGUUGCCCGUUGGAGCCUGGGCUUUUCUGGGCCUUACAACUGCUGUGGUAACCAAAACUUUAACCUUUGGUGCAGCCUUCAGUGCCUUCACCAACGAAGUGAUUUGGUUGAUUGUGAUUUCAUUCUUCUUUGCCCGUGGAUUUGUGAAAACUGGUUUGGGAGAUAGAAUUGCAACUUACUUUGUGAAGUGGAUGGGGAAGAGCACUUUGGGUUUGUCUUAUGGUUUGACAUUCAGUGAAGUGCUUAUUGCUCCGGCAAUGCCGAGCACCACCGCAAGAGCUGGUGGUGUGUUCUUGCCGAUCAUCAAGUCACUGUCACUCUCCGCUGGCAGUGAACCUGGCAAUCCUACUGCUAAGAGGCUUGGUGCUUAUCUCGUUCAGAACCAGUUUCAGUCUGCUGGUAACUCUAGUGCUCUUUUCCUAACUGCUGCAGCUCAAAAUCUGCUGUGUAUCAAAUUAGCAGAGGAGCUUGGGGUCAUUGUUUCUAGCCCUUGGGUUACUUGGUUCAAGGCAGCUAGCUUACCUGCACUUGUUUGUCUUCUUGUUACACCGUUGGUUUUAUACAAGCUCUAUCCCCCUGAAAUUAAAGACACACCGGAAGCACCUGCCCUGGCUGCAAAGAAACUCGAAACUAUGGGCCCUGUCACAAAAAAUGAAUGGAUUAUGGUUUCUACGAUGCUUCUUGCCGUCUCUUUAUGGAUCUUUGGAGAUAGUCUCGGCAUAGCAAGUGCUGUAGCUGCGAUGAUUGGGUUAUCAAUACUACUUGUAUUAGGAGUUCUUGACUGGAAUGACUGCUUGAAUGAGAAAUCGGCUUGGGAUACCUUGGCUUGGUUUGCCAUUCUUGUGGGCAUGGCAGGCCAGUUGACAAACCUUGGUAUCGUAACCUGGAUGUCUGAUUGUGUAGCCAACUCGCUUCGGUCAUUCUCUUUGAGCUGGCCAGCUUCACUAGCUGUUCUUCAGGCAGCUUAUUUCUUAAUCCACUACCUUUUCGCAAGUCAGACAGGACACGUGGGGGCUUUAUACUCUGCAUUUCUUGCUAUGCAUAGGGCAGCUGGUGUUCCUGGUGUUCUGGCUGCACUCGCUUUAGGUUACAACACAAAUCUUUUUGGUGCAAUAACACACUAUAGUAGCGGUCAGGCUGCUGUAUACUUUGGAGCUGGUUAUAUCGACCUUCCUGAUAUAUUCAAAAUGGGGUUCGUUAUGUUUGUUAUCAAUGCUAUCAUCUGGGGAGGUGUUGGCGCUUUCUGGUGGAAAUUUUUGGGACUCUAUUGAUUCCCAUUUCAGUGUAAGUAAAUAGCAGUUUUUCCCAGUUUCAAUAGGCCUCUCUUCUUCCCGGCCAAAAGAAAACGAAAGAAAAGGUCCUUCAUGUAAAGGACAAUUGAGCUCAACACAAUUUUUCAAUUUUCUGCCUUCA